AUGAACUCCAUCAUUUUGCUCGACAAAAUGGCGAAAAUGUGUUCAAAUGCUGAGAGCAACCGCAGUGCUCCGAAGGAUUGUGAAACGGUAGAAACGAGAAGUCGGAGCUCGUCACCUUGUACUUCCACAAGUGAUCAGAGCCGAGUCAGCACUCCACCCGAGGAGGCACCAAUCCAAAGGGCUAAGAAAGCCGUAUUCAACAUGUUAUAUCAGUAUCAGGCGAUUCCUGUACGGGCGAAGAUCCUGGCUGACUGCAUACUAUCCACCCUGGAAGAAUCCGAAAUCAACAACUUGCUCGAAAGUGCGGGAUGGUCUCGGAGUGACUACCUCCGAGGUUAUAGAACAAUGGGCGACGGCGCUAAUGUCGGCGACCCUCGUUGGCGGCGUUGUCAUCGACUGCCGUUACACCGAGAUAGAUGA